AUGCCGGAAAUCUCUAAAGAACUUGAGAGAGAACUGGAAAAGAAUGAAAGCAAGAUGAUGCUACAAAGAGCUGGAGGUUCUACAGGGCAAAACAAUUAUUUUCUUGAGAAAGAAGCAUUGGACCUCAGCUCUCAAGAUACACAGGCUUCUCAGCUCACAGAAACAGAUACAAACAGUGCAAGAGAGAACACAUUGGAGGAUAAAAGCUUUAAAAUGGAGCACAUUUCUCAGGACAAGCCAUCACAAUCUCCGGGUCAAAAGGGUGAGAUUCAGGAGCUUACUCAAAUUAAUCAGACUACCAAAACAGACAUUUCUAAUUUAACUAGAAGUCAAAAUGUACUGCAGAGCUCAAAUAUAUCCAGUCACCAGAGGAGGGCUUGCCAGUAUGGGAGAAACUGCUACAGGAAGAAUCCUACACAUUUUCAACAGUUCAGUCACCCUGGUGACAGUGAUUAUCUUGACACAGAAUCUGUAACUGAAUCACAUAAUGAUAACAGACCUGAAUGUCCUUAUGGGACUGCUUGCUACAGGAAAAAUCCACAGCACAAGCUGGAAUACAAACAUACAGCACCCCCAGAAUCUGAAAAAAGACAAACAAGGCUGAAGGAUACUAAAAAAGGGAAAGGCAAUUUUUUGGAGGAUAGUGAUAAUGAUGGUGAGCCAAAUGAAUAUGACCAGAAUGACAGCUUUAUUGAUGAUGAAGAGGAAGAAGAGUGUGACCCUACUGAUGAAGAUUCUGACUGGGAGCCAGAUUUUCCAGAUCAGGAUAAAGAAGAUGUUGAUACACUUUUGAAAGAAGCACAUGAUUUUGUGAAAACCAAGAAAUAGUUGUAUGCACAGAUUUGUCAAAAUUCAGGAACCAUAACAAUGUAUAUUCUACUGAUUUACUUACAGUUUCCUGAAGUUAAUUUAAAUGUUUCAUUCUAGAAUUGAUUUAAACUCUUAUUUAAUUGUGUGUGAACGUUCUCUCGAUUGUGGCUCUUGAAUUUAAGAUGGGAAGACACAGCUGCAAGAUUGUUGUGAUACUUGCUUAGCACAGAUUUAUACUCAUUUUGAGAACAAAUGAAGGGGGGGAAAGGAUACUGACAUACAGCCAGAGUUUGUUUUGAAGUUCUAUCCAGUUGAAUGGGUGAAAAUAUUUAAUUCAAUCUCCAUUGACAUGCAUGGGAUGAAAAAUACUUAAAGUUGGCUGAAUUUUGCAAGUGAAUAAUAAUUCCUUUUCUUGAAUGGUGGUUUACAUACAUAUAAAUGGAUUAUGUCUGUAAAUCAUCUUUACCUAUGCAGUUUUCCCCGCAGCUGAUUGUGUCAGUGGAAAGAUCUUAUGUUCUGGGCAGUGUCACUUAACACCACCAAUUAAUGUCUGUUGAGUUGUGACAGAUAAGGCUUUUGAGACUUACAUGGAGAAUUUUUAUUUUCACUACUGAAAUUUAUCCUGCCUUUUGGAUUAACUGAAGGAAACACUAAGUAGCAUAUAUGAGUGAAUCAUAAAGCUUUUAAUUAAUAGUUAAAACCAUUUACAUUCUGGUUCAUUUAUGCUGUCUGCCUGGUUAACCCAAGCACAAAUAAUUACUGUCCAUCUUUGCUUGUAAUAUGUCAUCCAGCACUACAAAUAGUUUCCCCCCCCUUCCUUUGUAUUUGUAGAAAACUUCUGUAAAUUUAUGCUGAAAGAUAAUUAUCUCCCAAAUCUCUUUCUAGGAUGGGGGAGGUGGCUGUAGACCAUGGCGUUCUUUCUUUUGACUCGUGUUGAUGUCUGACUCCCAAAUGACUGACUUUGCACUCCAUGUUUGUUUGAUUUGCAUUUUAUUAUCCCUCUCACAGUAAUUGCUUUGUAAAGGAAAAGAUUCUAUAUGCUAUGCAUUGAGUCAAAAGAGCAACAUCUCACCCACAAAUUGCUGAGUGGCAGUACAUAUUCAUUCCCAAUACUGCAAUGCUUAAACAUUCUGAAAGUGUUGGAAAUACAGCAGUGAAUCUGUCUUCUUAAAAACAUAAGAGUCAACUGUAAACAUUCUUCAACAAGGGAACAAGUCUUUCUCUUGUGGCACUAUCUCAGCUCCUUUUCCAGUUAUUUUGGGUUUUUUUCCAGCCCAAGAGGGACUAGUGCUUUCCUACUUUUCCUUUCCCCAAACUCAGAAGCAAUGCAGGGCAAUUCCAGCUGUCACCCCUAUCUUAAAGGAGCUAAAAGUAAGAAAUGGCAUAGAAAUGGUCUCAGCUAUAAUGAAAGGAGUCAGGGGUGGAAAUAUUUGGGGGAUUGGAGGUGGACAGGGAUAAGAGGUGAGCAGUUGCCUCCUGCAGAAUAAUCCAAGGUAUUUGCUACAACAUUGUGUUUGUCAUGCCACAUCUUUGUAAGGAAGCUGCCUUUGUGUCCCCUUGGAUACUUUCUGGAUCUGUGGAAGAUUUGGACGUUUUCACUUGUCUCCUUAAUAUUGCAUUAAAGGUUUCCUGAUUAUAAAUCAUUACAAAAACAUGGGUGAUCACCCUGUCCUUCCUGACCUUCCUGUUUUCAUUUUAAUUCAUUUGGAUUCCAUAUCAUGUGGAAAGAAAGGUUGAAUCAAAUUGUCAGGAAAGAUUUGAUUUUUCCCUGGAGGAGUGUGGCCAAGAAUUAAGAAGGUAGCAAUGCGUAAGUGACAGCUAAUCAGAAAGAAAGGAGGGAACAGCUUGACCUUGUUUAAGUAACAGGAAUAAUAAAUUCAAAAGCUUUGUCAGCUGUUAUGCUCUUUUAAAAUUGGUGCCAGUAAUUCAAAGUUGGCCAAAUUUUACCUAUCAUGUGUCAGACGCCUCAGAGAGAACAAUGCCAUAUAAUUCUGUAUUUGUCAGAAUUCAACUGUGGAAGCAUAUAACUAAUUUUAAAAAAAUGAAAAUUGCUGUACAUUCAAAAAUGUAUAAAUUUUGGAAAUAUCAGCGUCUUUUAGAAGAAAUGCUAUCCAGUUUAAUAAUAUCAUAUAGUGUAUGCCAGUGGGAAGAGUGGAAAAGAUUUUUUCCUAAGAAAAAUGAGAUAUCUUAAUUUAAUAGAUAGAACUUACAGACUCAUUUUGCUUGUUCAUUUUUUAAUAAUUAAAACACGAUUUCUUAUUCUUAUGGGACUGAUAAUGCAUUCUUGGAACUCUGUGUUUCAGUAUUACAUAUAGCUGAGAGCCAGUGUGGUGUAGUGGUUAGAGCAUUGGAUUAUGACUCCCUACUUGUCCUUGAAAACUCACUCGGUGACCUUGGGUGAGUCACACAUUCUCAGCCCCAGAAAACAUUUUAGCAUUACCAUAAGUCAGAAGAAACUUGAAGGCACACAGUAACAACUACCCAUAGCUAUUUUUAUAGGUAGCUUAUUUUAUUGAUUGGAGCUAUAAUGGCGACAUCAUAAAACUUUGGUAGGUUUUUUGCUAAUAUUGUUUAUAGGUUUCUUUUCUCUUUCCCAUGCCAUACUUCAGAUAAUUCAUCAUUAAUUAUGGAAUAUAUUUUAUAGGUUAUACAUCAUGAUUGGGUUCUUGAUUUUUUUCUAUACAUAUGUAAAAUGAUUUGUCAAAACAAAGGCCUGUUACAGACUGGCAAAAUAAAGCUGCUUCGGGUC